AUGGAGCAACCUCCGCCGCCACUUCUGGAUCCUGCGACAUUCCCGGCGACAAAGUCGAAGGACAAAUUCACUUGCGAUUGUGACAGUUGCCGUGCGUCAGGGGCUCCGCGUGGUUUUCGAACGGCUAGAGCCUUGGCCGAACAUCGACGUCAGACUGUUGCACCUCAUUUGACGAAUCUUCCUGUCAACUCGGCGACUCGGACAGAGAAUGCGCUGAGCCAGUCCCGCGUUCUCGCUGCUGCCGCCGCAGUUCACGAACGAGAGCAGGCGAGAAUCCGAGAGAGGGCUGAGAUCGGCGCCGCCUUGCCUCCACCGAUACGGGUCGAAGGAUUGUCCACGCACAUGCAGCACAAGUAUAAGGCGGUGGCUGCAAUAUCAUUAGAGACAGAAAAAGUGGCGGAACUGCGCGUUGCAGCGGAUGAACUGUGCCCUCCCCAGCCAGGCUUGAACCUGGCAGCGUUGGAAGUCGGUAUCGGACAGAUCGAUCGCCACCUCGCCAAAGUACGCCAGCUUCAGACCCGUUUCCGAGAAGCCUCCAAUGCCCAUAAGGAGGCGGCAGCACAAUCGCUGAUUCAUCAAGCAAUGCACAAGCUAGAUGGAAUAUGGAACGACGCCAUGACCAUCAAGCGAUCCUGGGAGGACGCCUCGGCAUGCAUGAAGCCAAGUCGCGACGACCUUGAAGACAUCACUUUUGAAACCGGCCAUUAUCACGAGCCCCUCUUUCGCGAUGUCGCAGUGUGGAUGCAAAUGAUCUUUUAUUUGAUUGUUGUUUGCUCCACGCUUUUGCACAUCUCUCGCCGAGGUUGUCUCUGGGUCAUGAUGUCGACCCAGGAUAUUGUUCGCCGUGGGCUCGGACCUGUCAAUGAUCCUACUCGCCAAGAGUUCAAAGACGUCCCAACUAUGCAAGAACACUUCAAUUUGGACACAGCAUAUACCAUUCAUGCGUCCUGCCCUGCAUGCCAUCACACACAUCGACCGGAGGGCGAGGGACCGGGCAUGAUCUAUCCUUCGAUAUGUGUGAAGCGGGAUAGGCAAGGUCGCAAAUGCAACACGCCCUUGCUACAACCACGACAUGCCUACGGUCGUGAAACCGCGGUACCUAUCCGGCCCUUCAUUGAAUUCCACUUCAUCGACUGGCUGGCUCGCUUCCUCGCUCAUCCCGGCAACGAGAAGAAAAUGGACAAGAGCUGGGAUCGCCUGAAUGCGGAACCUGUUGACCUCAGUGAUGUUCUAGACGGGUCUUUUGUCCGCAACUUCAAGGGCCCUGACAAGGCGCACCACUUCAUUGACGACUGGCCUUUGAGGACGGACGGAGAAUGGCAAGCCGCAGCUCAGGCGUAUCGGAGCGCGGCCCACCCGACGCAGGCGCAGGCCUGUUUCAACUGUACCGGAGUACGCACUUCGGAGUUCCUCCGAUUGCCAUACUAUGAGCCGACGAAGAUGAUUGUGGUCGAUCCUAUGCACAACCUCUUCCUCGGUCUCCUUCACGAGACUUUCCGUAGAGUCCUUGGGUUCUCGGAGAAAGCUGAUGAUGGUCCUGCCGUGCACAGACUGUCGAUAUCUCUCAGUCCCACCGACUUCCUGGUCUCUGAGAAACACACAAGCCAAGUAAAGGAUGCGAUUCGGUUUCUCGAGACGAUCUCGAAUGCCGACCUGAAAUACGACGACGAGGAAGCCGAACUCCACAAGAAGUUGGUUACCUUAUCAAAGGCUGCGCUUGUGCACGUUACCCAGGGUCUAGGCUGUCCUAUAGAGUGUGAAGUGCCCGCCUUACCAAACUCUCUCCAUCAAUCGUCAAGGAAAGCUCUUACAAAAUCGAAACUUGUCGACAGGCUCAUCAAUUGGCGCCGCAAGCAGACAGAAACUGCGCCCAUUAUGGAUGAUGGUCAACUCGAAAUCGGUCAUGUCAUUACCAAAGGAGAGAUGAAAGCACUGUGGGCAGAUAUCGCUGCUUUAUCAGGUGAAUAUGAAAUUACCAUAGGAAGGCGGUAUCAACAGAUGGCCAACGUCUAUCGACUGGAGAGUAGCGCCGUGUUUCCCGUUGCGAAUGAGCUGAAGUCGAGAUUCGAUCAAAUUUUUCGUGGGGUAUCCGCCGCGAAGUCAGGGGGCUCCAAGCACCCCGCCACACUCAACGAUUGCGCUUCCGCUUUCCGUCGGUCGAACAUCGCACUUCCUCUCACAAACCGGACAUUCAGCAAUGUCAAGUACAAGGGCCUUUCGUAUUCGACCCGACUGAAGCACCGCGGUAACAGCUCAAUAUACUACACGAAGGGCGGUACACGUCAACCCCUGGCCAUUGAGCACAUCAUCCAGUCUUUGGCUGGGGCCGAGCCAGUGUAUAUUGUGUGUCGUCCGUAUCGGCCACUUUGCCUGCUUCAAGAUCCAUUCUUGAAGUAUCCAGACUUCGGUGGGAAGAUCUGGAGCCGUGACCUAGAAGCUGACGAUAAGGGUGUCGUACUCACUCUUGAGCAGAUCGAAGGGCAUUUUGCCAGUUGCGACUUGAAAGGACUUGCAACUGUUGAUGGGUCGUUUUGUGAAGGCAUGGUUGUCGUUCCAUUACGAAAGUCCCUUGCUACCGACUCGUGCUUCGUCGGGGCAGUAGAUGACCGAGAGGAGGAUGACGAUGGUGAUGUAGAAAUGAGCAUAGAUUGA